AGCUUUUCUGUGUCUCGUAGCCACCAUGCCUUAUCUGGGCGGGGAGGAGACUGUGAGGGAGCUGAGGAGAGCUCUGUCCAACCCCAACGUCCAGUCAGACCCGCUGCGCUACAGGAACACCAUCCUCAAAGUGAUCAGGACCAUGUCACAAGGUGUGGAUGUGUCUGGCCUGUUCAGUGAGAUGGUGAAAGCCUGCGCCACAGUAGAUGUUGUCCAGAAGAAAUUGGUUUAUGUCUUCCUGUGUUCCUACGCUGCUUUAAACCCAGAGCUGUCCCUGCUGGUCAUCAACACGCUGAGGAAGGACUGUCAGGAUCCAAACCCAAUGGUCCGCAGCCUGGCCCUGAGGAACAUGACCAACCUCAGGUUACCCAGCCUGGCCGAGUAUGUGGAGCAGCCUCUAACAGCAGGACUGAGAGACAGAGCAGCUUGCGUCCGACGUGUGGCUGUACUUGGCUGGGCCAAACUGCACAACCUCCAGCCUGGCUCUGAGAUCGAUGCAGGGGUGGUGAACGAACUGUAUAGCCUCCUGAGGGACCCGGACCCCGUGGUGAUGGUGAACUGUCUCAGAGCUCUGGAAGAGAUCCUGAAGGAGGAGGGGGGAGUCGCUAUUAACAAACCCAUCACCCACCACCUCCUCAACAGGCUCAAGGAGUGUGAUAUUUGGGGUCAGUGUGAGGUGCUGAGGGUCCUUCAGCGCUAUCGGCCCCAGUCAGAGGACGAGCUCUUUGACAUCCUGUCCCUGCUGGAUGCUUCCCUUGUCAGCCCCCACCCCCCUGUCAUGGCUGCCACCCUUAGCCUCUUCCUGAGCCUUUCUUCCAGCCUGCCUGCUGUCAGUCUGGCAGCCCUGGAGCGAAUCAGUGGACCCCUGCUGGCAGCCUGUGGGAGUGGGUCCAGAGAGAUGAGGUUUGCUGCCCUCUGCCACAUACAGUUGUUGCUGCAUUCUAUCCCUGGCCUGAUGGGGGUGCACUACAAGCGUUUCUUCUGUGGCUAUGCUGAGCCUGCCUACAUUAAACAAAGGAAGAUGCAGGUGCUGGUGGAGCUGGUGAAUGAUGAGAAUGUAGCAAUGAUACUGGAUGAGCUGAAAGGAUACUGCACUGAUGUCAACACUGACACUGCCCAGGCUGCAAUUUCAGCAAUAGGUCGUAUUGGACGUAGCUACAGUGACAGAUGUCUAGAAAUCCUCACUGGGCUGCUUGGGCUCAAACAGGAUCACAUCACUUCUGCGGUGGUGCAGACAAUGCGUGACCUGGUCUGGGUGUGUCCACAGUGUAGCGACACUGUGUGCCUUGCACUCGAAGGCUGCGAGGAAACGCUGCAAGAUAUUCAGGGCAGGCAGGCCUUGCUAUGGUUGCUGGGUGUGUACGGGGAGCGAAUUUCCAGUGCCCCAUACACUCUGGAAGUGCUCAUUGAUGGAGUAAGGAGCGAGGCCUCUCUGGGAAUCAAGAUGGAGCUGCUGACAGCCACCAUGAGACUGUUCCUGUGUCGGCCUGCUGAGACACAAGACAUGCUUGGAAGACUGCUGCACUAUUGCAUAGAGGAGGAGACAGACAUGUGUGUGCGUGAUCAGGCACUUUUGUACUAUCGCUUGCUUCAUUGUGGGAUAGAAGAGACACGCAAAGUCCUCCAAGGUCGGAAGUCAGACCCCUCGCUGGGUGUUCUGAUUGGGCGUCCUGCCAAGCCUGUCAGCCAGUGGGCACGCAGUUUUAACACGCUGGAGCCUUUGAGGGAGGGCGCUGUAGAGUCAGAGUCGGCCAGCAGGGGAAGCCCUGAACAUGUGACCUAUAACCCCAAGCCAAAUCCUGACCUAUCAGACACUCUGAGCUGUAGCCACGUUGAGAUGGUUCACUCAGGAUCCGACCAUGCCAUUCGGUAUUCAGACUCCUCCACCGAUGUCCUGGCUUCCAGCAUCGCAGCCCCUCUCAGUUUGUCCCUCUCCCCAGCUGUCAGCCCAGAGGAGUUUGAGCACCUGUGGCUGCAGCGACAGCCUUUGCAUACUGAACAUGGUGCUGAGACAGUAGAAGAGGAGGACUGUGCAUGGAUAGAAGAAACCGUGCAAUGUCCAGCAAUACCUCACUGUUCCCCCCAAAGCCUCCAGGCCGCCAUGCAGCUGGUCAAUAUCCAGACGCUGGCCUUCACACCACAGCACACACUGCCCUGGAGGGUCUACCUGUACACGCACACCCAGCGCUCCCACUCCACCAACACGCCCCACAGCACGCUCAUACUGGGGGAGCUGCUGUGUGCUGGAGAAGCCAGUCAGAAGGCAAGAGUAAAGAAAAGCACAGCUGACAGUGAUGUUGGGAUGGAGGGUAAAGAAGACCAGCUGGUGAGAAAGGAAAGGCCGAGGGCGAUCGAAGAUGGAGAGGGAGAGGAGAAGGGAGUAGUAAAAGUGACUCUUAAGCAGCAACCAAGAGAUGACCAAGCUCUGAAGGAGUUUCUCACAGUCCUCACCACCGUGCUGAACACACUGUCCUCAGACAGAGAUUAAAAAUGGACUUUUUCCCUUUGAUCUAUAUCCUUCCAAAGUCAUUCAUAACAGACCCAUUGCCUAACUGUGAAGCAGCACCUUGAAGGAGUAAACGUGUGCAAUUUUAUGAAGAACAUCCUAAAAAGACAGGAAACUAAAGGCAGAGGGGUUACUUCUCUUGUAUUAGCUCCAGCCUUUACAAGAGGAAUAAAGUAACUGAGGAGCAAUAACCUGUUUUUUUUUUUCUUUCUUCAUCUCAAGAUCUGAACAAAAUCAGUAGCUUAAAGAAAAGAUUAGUUCAGGCUAUGCUUGGCCACUACUGUGGAUCAGUCCCACCGCACCACAAGCAGCAGACUCAGAUCAUAGUGCUGUUUACCUACAAAUGCAUACAGUACGAUUGUUACCUACCCAUGGUGUGCUGUUUUUUUAUUGUACUUUUUGGAUGGUAGGGUGUGGUUGAUCUGUUGUAUCUAAUUUAUUCUGAAGCCUUUUUAUUGAAAUGUUAGAUGGCUGAAGAGAAAAUAUAAGCAAGUGAAAUAGAAAAUAAUUUAAAAAUUGCCAAUAAUAAUAUAUAUUAAAUAAAGCCUCUGCAUUUUUUUGUUUUGAUUUUGUUUCUGUUUUAAUAUAAUAG